AUGUCCAAACCUUUGACGGACCAGGAAAAGCGAAAACAGAUUUCGGUUCGGGGUCUGGCCGGCGUGGAGAACGUGGCGGACCUGAAGCUGAAUUUUAACCGACAUCUGCAUUUCACGCUGGUGAAGGACCGCAAUGUGGCCACCAAGCGGGACUACUACUUCGCGCUGGCCAACACCGUCCGAGACCAUCUGGUGGGUCGCUGGAUCCGGACGCAGCAGCACUACUACGAGACGGAUCCGAAGAGGGUUUACUAUCUCUCCCUGGAGUUCUACAUGGGCCGGACCCUGCAGAACACCAUGGUCAACCUGGCUCUGGAGAACGCGUGCGAUGAGGCCACGUAUCAGCUGGGACUCGACAUGGAAGAGCUGCAGGACAUUGAGGAAGACGCGGGCCUGGGCAACGGCGGUUUGGGUCGUCUGGCUGCUUGCUUCCUGGACUCCAUGGCCUCUCUAGGCCUGGCUGCUUAUGGAUACGGCAUCCGCUACGAGUUUGGCAUAUUCAAUCAGAAAAUUGUAGACGGCCGGCAGGUGGAGGAAGCUGACGACUGGCUCCGUUACGGUAAUCCCUGGGAGAAGGCGCGCCCCGAGUACAUGCGCCCGGUGCACUUUUACGGCCGGGUGGAACACACGCCUGAUGGCGUCAAAUGGGUCAACACGCAGGUGGUCCUGGCUCUACCUUACGACACCCCGGUUCCCGGCUACCGAAACAACAUCGUCAACACCAUGAGGCUGUGGUCUGCCAAAGCCCCGUGUGACUUCAACCUCCAAGACUUUAAUGUUGGCGGCUACAUCCAAGCGGUCCUCGACAGGAACCUGGCAGAGAACAUCUCCAGGGUUCUUUACCCUAAUGACAACUUCUUCGAGGGGAAGGAGCUGCGUCUGAAGCAGGAGUACUUUGUGGUCGCCGCCACUCUGCAGGACAUCGUGCGUCGAUUCAAGGCGUCCAAGUUCGGUUCCACGGACUUUGUGCGCUUGGAUCUGUCCACGCUGCCUGACAAGGUCGCCAUCCAGCUGAACGACACACACCCCGCUUUAGCCAUCCCUGAGCUGAUGAGGAUCCUUGUGGAUAUUGAGAACCUCCCCUGGGAGAAGGCCUGGGACAUCGUGGUGCGUACUUGUGCCUACACCAACCACACUGUGCUGCCCGAGGCCCUGGAACGCUGGCCCGUGGAUCUCUUCCAAAACCUGCUGCCUCGUCACCUGGAGAUCGUGUACGAGAUCAACCGGAGACAUCUGGAGCGCGUCGCGAAGCUGUAUCCCAACGACAAUGAGCGCGUACGCCGCAUGUCCCUCAUCGAGGAGGGCGACGUCAAGAAAAUCAACAUGGCUCACCUGUGCAUCGUGGGCUCACACGCCGUCAACGGCGUGGCCCGCAUCCACUCUGAAAUCAUCAAGAACACUGUCUUCAAGGACUUUUACGACAUGGAUCCUCACAAGUUUCAGAACAAGACCAACGGGAUCACACCCAGGCGCUGGCUUCUCAUGUGUAACCCGGGACUGGCUGACGUUAUCGCCGAGAGAAUUGGCGACGACUACAUCCGCGACCUGGACCAGCUGAAAGGGCUCCUGGAGUUCGUCAACGACGACGCCUUCAUCCGAGACGUUGCCAAAGUCAAACAGGAGAACAAGAUGAAGUUUUCCGCCCACUUGGAGGAGCACUACGGCGUGAAGAUCAACCCGAGCUCCAUGUUCGACGUGCAGGUGAAGAGGAUUCACGAGUACAAGAGGCAACUUCUCAACUGCCUGCACAUCAUCACGCUCUACAACCGCAUCAGGAAGGAACCCAACAAGACUUGGACCCCGAGGACCAUCAUGAUCGGAGGAAAGGCGGCUCCGGGUUACCACACAGCCAAACUGAUCAUCCAGCUCAUCACCUCCAUCGGCAAAGUUGUCAACAACGACCCGGUGGUGGGAGAUCGCCUAAAGGUCAUCUUCCUGGAGAACUAUCGAGUCACUCUGGCCGAGAAAGUCAUCCCAGCGGCGGAUCUGUCCGAGCAGAUCUCCACCGCAGGUACCGAGGCGUCCGGCACCGGGAACAUGAAGUUCAUGCUGAACGGCGCCCUCACCAUCGGCACCAUGGACGGCGCCAACGUGGAGAUGGCGGAAGAAGCCGGCGAGGAGAACCUCUUCAUUUUCGGCAUGAGAGUCAAGGACGUGGAGGCUCUUGACAAAACAGGAUACGACGCCAUGUCGUACUACAACCGCUUACCUGAGUUGAAGCAGGCUGUAUCUCAGAUCGCAGCAGGCUUGUUCAGCCCGCACCAGGCAGACCUUUUCAAGGAUCUGGUUAACAUGCUGAUGCACCACGACAGAUUCAAAGUCUUCGCGGACUAUGAGGAUUACAUCAAAUGCCAGGAGCGUGUGAGCGCCCUCUAUAAGAACCCGAAAGAGUGGACCAAGAUGGUAAUCCGGAACAUCGCCGCAUCGGGAAAAUUCUCCAGCGACCGCACCAUUUCCCAGUACGCCAGGGAGAUCUGGGGCAUGGAGCCCAGUUUGGAGAAGAUCGCCGCCCCCGACGACCCCCGUUAA